UAUAAAGUCAAUUAACUUCCGUUCAACUUUGCAUUUGCUUUCAAGAAGAGAAAGUGAUGCAUUUUUUCGUUCUUUUAUGAGAAAUAAUGUUUAAAUCCGGUCAAAGAUUAAAAUAAAAGACCAAGAGGAUGUCUCAGGACGACUCUGCCAAGUUAAAUGGGAAGAAAGCCACCAAGAAAACCCCAAAUGACUUCAUAUUUGGGAAAGUCAUCGGGGAAGGAUCUUUUUCAACAGUCUAUUUGGCAAAAGAAAUAGAAUCUGGCAAUGAAUUUGCAGUCAAGGUGCUGGACAAACGACAUAUUAUGCGUGAGAAAAAGACCCAAUAUGUGAUGAGAGAAAAGGAAGUACUGAUGAAACUGAAUCAUGCAUUCUUUAUACGGCUAUUUUACACCUUCCAGGACCAUGACAGACUCUACUUUGUGCUCAGCUAUGCUAGACAGGGAGAACUGUUGGACUACCUCAAUAGAUUGUCAUGUUUUGAUGAAAACUCUACUAAGUGGUAUGCAGCGGAACUUGUUUUGGCUCUGGAACAUAUGCAUAACCUGGGCGUGAUUCACAGAGAUUUGAAGCCAGAAAACAUCUUGCUUAAUGAUGGGAUGCAUAUACAGAUAACAGACUUUGGAAGUUCCAAGAUAUUAGAUAAGCAGGAAUCAUCAAACAGUGGACAAGAACCUUCCCAAGAGUCUGGAAACCAGCCGAAGAGGAAGAAUUCUUUUGUGGGAACAGCACAGUAUGUGUCACCUGAAAUCCUGACCAGUAAAACAGCCUGUAGCAGUUCUGACCUUUGGGCUCUAGGCUGCAUCAUCUACCAGUUAUUAUCUGGGCUAGUUCCAUUCCGUGGAGGACAUGAAUAUCAAAUCUUUCAGAAGAUUAUGAAGCUGGAGUAUGAGUUCCCCGAUGGUUUUAGUUCUGUAGCAAGAGAUUUGGUUGAGAAGUUAUUGGUGAUAGAACCGUCAGAGCGUCUUGGAUGCCCAGAGCAAGGGGGAUAUGAACGCCUAAAACAACAUCCAUUUUUUGAAGGCAUUGAUUGGGAUAUAGUUCCAGAACAGAAACCCCCAACACUACAGCCAUAUCUCCCUGCGACAUCAGAAAAUCCAGAAAAUAUUUACGGAAACUAUAAGCCUGGUCUUUCUGAUAGGAGAGUAGCAGAAAUCAUUACAGAAACUGUGAUUUCGGAUGAUGAGAGGAAAUCAUUGAUCGAAGCACAGGCCAAAGAAAAUGAAUAUCACAAAUUUGUUGAAGGCAAUCUCAUUCUCAAACAGGGUCUAGUAGAUAAGAGAAAGGGUUUGUUUGCAAGAAGGCGGAUGUUUCUGUUAACAGAAGGGCCUCACCUAUACUAUGUUGAUCCGACAAAUAAAGUGUUAAAAGGACAGAUACCAUGGUCAAAAGAAUUGAAACCUGAGGCUAAGAAUUUUAAAACCUUUUUUGUCCACACUCCUAACAGGACGUACUAUCUGGAAGACAAAAGUUCAAGGUCGCAGGACUGGGUGAACAAGAUAGACGAAGUAUGGCAGACAUACUAUGGUACAAAAUCCUAGUGUCUCAAUAGGGACCAUUUUCAAAUAGUGUCAAAAAAUCAUGGAAUGGGGAGAUUCUAAAUAGUUGUCAAAACACCAAACUAUGUUAAUGUUAGUUUAUUAGCGUAACGUUUUGUAGGCCAAUGCUUGUAUUUAGCCUUAAUACAUCAGCAGCAGCAUGUUUUACAUACUUUUUUUAACCAAUAAGAGAAUUUCCACAUUGUUAUCUUAAAAACAAAUGUUUGUGGAAUAAGAAAUGGCAUUUAUUGUUUUGUUUUCAUGGAGGUUAGUAGCAAUAAUGAUUUUAAAACCAUGGAAACUCAAUAGUGACAAAGACCUGCCUGUUACCUUGGAGAUGGGGGAAUUUGGCUGUGGUACACAGUAAUGACACUACAGUGAAGCUAGCUUACUGACCGCUUACCUUACAAUGUAGACAGUAGUCACUUGUCAGCAAUUCCUGUAUACUGCAUUUGUAUUCCUUAAUACAACAUAAAUCUACAUUGUGAAUAGUUUUAACCACCAAUACUCCUAGGUAUAACACUCAGGUUUUGUAUAACAAUUUGAGACUUGUGCAAAAUUCCUAUUUAACUGAUCUGCAGGUUGGCAAAUAUCUCCUUCUAAAAUUCAUAAUUGUUUCACCGGUAUAUGGUGUAAGGUCGUGUGUGAGGAGACCAUGUUAUUAGCUGGUAGUGUGAGAUUAGGGGCUAAUGCAUAGACACUUGGUCAUUGACUGAUCAUAUUUGCGUUUUGUUUUGCAUAGUUAAAUUUUUAUCUGUUGAUAGAUAACAAUUUAAGAAAUAUAGUACAUAUCAGCUAUGCUUACUGUAUUUUAUAUGAUAUUGCCGGUGUUUUCAUAUAUUACAUAAUAUUGGUGAUCCUCUUUGAACACAACUGCAUGGGGUCUUCAUUUAGGAAUUUGAUCCACAUGUUAUUAUUGACUCAAACAAGAAAUUGUUUUUUUGUAACGUACUAGAGAUGAGACCUAGCCUAGAUUUCUUACCCCCUCCUUCCUGGAGUAGGGAGCGACAUUUUCCACUAGGGAGUGCCAUGACCCUGAGUUAACUCUUUGAACUGUGAUAAAUGUAUUGGGCUCCAUAAUCAGAUAGAUUGAUCAGGACUGCUGUAAGUUUGAUUGUAUGAGAACAUUUUUGUGAGAGUUUGUUUGGCAUAAAAGGGUUAUUUAUUGUGUGAGUGUUGUUGCACUGAUGUACCCAUAUACCCAGUAUUGAUUGUGUUUAUAAACCUGUUGAGUGAGUCUACAGAGGCCUGCUGUUUAUAACAUGGGGGCGUGCCAGAUGAACAGUGGAAUAGAUAUAUAUAUAUUAUGCAUACUGUAGUACUAGCUGUCAUUCUUAAUAUUUGCAUUAACAUAGCAUUGCCACUAUAAAACCAACCGAAAUGUAAUGGCAAACAUAAAGCUAUAUAUGCAUAUUGCCCAAAUGUUAAUGUCAUUAGGAUAUACAAUGGUAACAUUAAAUACUACUGAAGUUACUGGCAGUGGCUGUUCUAUUUAUCAAAAACAGAAAGACAUGAAAAAACACAUUGGAUUUGAAUUUUUCUAUCCCUGUUUUAUCAUUGGUUUAAUUGUUUUAAAGUCAAAAAUAACAUUGAACUGCCUUGAGAUGACAGUUUGCCUUGGGAUGACAGUUAUAGGCUCUAUGACUGUAAACUGGUAUAUACA